AUGUUGAAGAAUAUAUCUCCAAUCAAUGGCAACAACCGUACCCUCGAGACUGACGAAAAGACCGACUAUUCAAGAUGGCGACUGCGUGACGACCGUGGCCGACAAACCUGGCACUAUCUCAAGACUGACGAGGAAUUGAAAGCAUGGCCGCAGACCGUUGCUGACAGGUAUCAUCUUGGGCUCCCGACUGGGCUUCCUGAGCUCCCUCCCCCCAAGAAACCGCUGGACGCAGCAUCCAAUGCCCUCUCUUUCUUCUCAAAACUCCAACUCGAGCCUGGCAAUUGGGCCUGUGAAUAUGGCGGCCCAAUGUUCCUUCUCCCGGGCUUGAUCGUUACCUGGUACGUUACAGGUACUCCAAUACUCCCUGAAUAUGCGAUAGAGAUCAAACGGUACUUGUUCGCGCGGCAACACCCGGAAGAUGGAGGCUGGGGUUUGCAUAUCGAGGGUCACAGCUCUGUGUUUGGCACCUCCAUGAACUACACUGCUUUACGCAUCCUGGGUGCAAGUGCGGAGGACCCCAGAAUGGUGAAGGCUCGUGGUAUGCUGCACAAACUUGGUGGUGCCUUGUUUGCUCCCCAUUGGGCAAAAUUUUGGCUUAGUGUCCUGGGAGUGAUGGGGUGGGAAGCUGUUAACCCUGUCCCACCAGAACUUUGGCUGCUCCCAGACUGGGUCCCCUUUGCGCCCUGGAGAUGGUGGAUACAUAUGCGUCAAGUUUUCCUUCCUAUGACGUACAUAUAUUCGAAGAAAUUUAGCCACCCACCCGACGAUUUUACUCGACAACUCCGGGAAGAGAUUUAUACUCAACCCUAUGAGUCGAUUAAUUUUGCUUCUCAUCGUGGCGCUAUAGCUGAUGCCGAUAACUAUUACCCAAAGCACUGGCUUUUGAACCUUCUCUUUUGGUUGAUUGCAAAUAUCUGGAAUGUCCUUCGAUGGCCAUCCUUGAUCAAACGCGCAGAAGACUGGGUGUGGGAGUUGAUAACAAUGGAAGAUCAAAACACGGAUUAUGCUGGUCUAGGACCAGUGAAUGCGCCAAUGAACACUCUUAGCUGUUUUAUCCAUGAUGGACCGGGUAGCUACACUGUUCGUCGACAUCUGGACCGGUUGCACGACUACAUGUGGAUGAAAAACGAAGGCAUGCUUAUGAACGGCACUAAUGGAGUACAAGUCUGGGAUACGGCAUUCAUUAUUCAGGCAAUCCAUGUUGCUGGUUUUGCUGAUGAUCCAAAAUGGCGUCCUAUGCUUCUCAAGGCUCUAGAGUUCUUGGAGGACCACCAGAUGCGAGAAUGUGUACCUCAACAAGAGCGCUGCUACCGCCAUAGGACGAAAGGUGCCUGGCCGUUUAGCAAUAAAACGCAGGGAUACACCGUCAGCGACUGCACUGCGGAAGGUCUUCGGGCCGCACUGCUGCUUCAGAAAGUCCACGGGUUUCCCCAGUUAAUAUCCGACGAAAGAUUGAAAGAUGCGGUCGAUACUCUAAUUUCUAUGCAGAAUAAAUCGGGAGGUUUUUCAGAGUAUGAAAAUACUCGGGGUUCUCCUUAUCUGGAGUGGCUCAACGCUGCAGAGGUCUUUGGUGGCAUCAUGAUUGGAUACGAUUAUCCUGAGUGUACAACCGCUGUCCUUACUGCUCUAUCCUUCUUCAGCAAGUUCUUCCCGGAUUAUCGUACAAAGGAAAUCGAGAGAGUAAAACUCAAAGCAGUAGAAUAUAUUCGCCGCGUCCAGCGCCCUGAUGGGAGCUGGUAUGGAAGCUGGGGUGUCUGUUUCACCUACGCUGCCAUGUUUGCACUGGAAAGUCUUGCCCAUGUUGGCGAAACAUACGAGACCAGCGAACUGGUUCGCCGGGGUUGCCAAUUCCUAGUUGACAAACAAAUGGAAGACGGCGGCUGGGGGGAGUCGUAUCUCAGCUCCGAGCAGAAGGUGUACACGCACUAUGAAACAUCGCAGGUUGUGCAGACUUCCUGGGCCUGUCUUGCGCUGAUGGACGCCGGAUAUCCAAACAAGGAAGUUCUCAAGAAUGCAAUGAAGCUGUUGAUGACAAAACAGCAAGCAAAUGGAGAGUGGCUUCAAAAUGGAAUCGAGGGCGUGUUUAACCAGUCAUGCAUGAUAUCCUACCCGAAUUACAAGCUCUACUGGCCAAUUCGAGCCCUGGGGCUCUACGCUAGAAAGUUCGGCAAUGAGGAAAUUCUGUAA